UCUAUGAUGUCAUGAGGGAUCUCUUUGCUUUGAAGUGUUGAUGAUCGCUUGUUUGUGUUAACAAGAGUUGUAGAUGAAAUUUAGUGGAGUGUGCAAAUAGGCAAAUAAGCAUCAAUACACUAUGUCGAAAAGAAACUCAAGAGGAGAAGUAACGAAAGGGUCGCCCCAGAAUGGACCAGAGUCAUUGCCAGACCAGAAAGAAGAUGAGAAGGAUAAGUCAGAUGAUGACAGCUCAAAGAAGAAAAAGUUUUCUAUGGGUUUUGGAAAGCCAAGUGAAAAGGGCAAUGAUGAGACAGCAAAGAAAGGAAUUCAAAUCAAACUUGGGAUGAACCAGAAAAACUUGAUUACAACAAAUACUAUGAAAGCAAAGUCACAAGCAGUAGCAGCUGUAUUUAAUGAUGAUGAGGAUGAUGAGCCAGAGGAAAUGCCCCCAGAAGCACGUAUGAGGAUGAGGAAUAUUGGAAGAGAAACACCGACAUCAGCCGGACCAAAUUCUUUUGGUAAAACAAAACAAGGUUUCUGUGAUUCAAAAAAAAUAUUUGAAAAGACUAUGAAAAAAGCGAUGGACUCAAGUACAGAUGCAGCAAAAAAUGCAGAGUGAAAGUAUGUCAACCUUAUAAUUGACAUACAUUGAAGAAGAAUCCAUCUUCUGUUUAUUGCAGAAAUGCAAGAUAUUGUGUUAAAGCUCUUGGCAGCCGUUCCCAAACUUUACAGUGAUGAAGCGCAAUUUUAGAACAUAUUGCAUGUUGCAUAGAGUAUGAAAUUUUCUGUUACCUUGUGCAUCUCGCAGCAAUUUUUAUCAGGUUUAUGUGAUGAACUGAUACAAAUUUGUUGUUCAUCAUUUGAAUUUGGCUGCAGAUGACAUGUCAUAUCAAUUAUUGGUAUGAAUGACUUACACUACAGUAGAAUAAUUUAUAGUGUUACGUACCAGAACAUACAUGCCUUAUAUGGAAACAUUAAAUAAUCUCCAUUUACAGCGUUAUUGUGUGAUACAAGUAGAUAAGUUGUAGUUAUUCGUGUUGCACAUGAUAGUGAAUUUUCACACUAUCCUUGUGUUUAGCCUGUCAUGUCUGUCACCAAGUCAUUGCUCCUUAUGUGCAUCACUGUGUGUUGUUAAUCUUGUUUCCAUGUAUUUAAAAUUGGUAUUAGUUUCGUAAUAGUGGCAGAGUGACAGACAUCAGUCAAGAGCAAAACUUGUGUAGUGAUUUUAGUAAUGCACAGCAAGCUGUCAUUUUUGACUCUGUAAUUGGUUUUUCCAGAAUUGUUAAAAUGCUGCUUAGAGAGGGAAUUUCUUUUUAAUUAUGUACAUUGCAGAUCAAGUACCAAGUAAUAAAUAUUGUUUUAUACAACA